AAAGUUGGCGACUAUAAUGACUCAGUAGCCUAGUGGCUAACGUUCUGCAGUUUGUAGCAAUGGUACAGAGCCAAAGUUUCAGUGAAUAGAUUAACACAGACGUUAUUAUAUACAACUGGCAAACGCCGAAUUAGAUGAAACUGGUGUCCUAAACACUAUUUAAAACAUAUUAUCGGCUUUUUGUCUCUUAAUAUAUUUUACUUAUUUGUUAAACAGAUAAGGGUUAGGGUCAGAAGAUUAAUUUCAAAUUGUUAAAAAUAGUAGUAACAAAUACUGAUUUGUGAAUCUAAUUUCUAUUAUGUAUGUAAUUCUAUAGCGGCUAGCAGUAGAAUCAAGGACGUGUGAUCAAUUAUGUUUGGGAUUUAUCAGCUGGAUGAAACUAACAAAAGAGAUUGGUCAGUUACGGUCCUGAAUAUCAAUAACUGUAAAGUGUAAAACAAACAGUUUGAAAUAAUCCAAGUAAAAAGCAUUUAAAUGACAAUCUUAAUGCACUCAGUAUUACACUUUACAUUUUCAAUACAAAUGUGAACUUUGCAACAAUAUAAAGCGUUAUUCGCAAAUUACGCAAAAUAUUGAAUUUUAACGAAUGUACUUCAUAAGUAGCUUUUAUAUAUAAAGCCUCAAGUAUAUACAGUGUAAAUGCCUUUGUUUAGGUAAUCAUAGCAUUGCUGUUUUUCAGGAUUGAAAAAUGAAUUUAUUAGUAUUCAGUAUACUAAUAACUUAUAUACUGGAUAGCGUUUAUAGUGCACACAAUGGAUAUACUAAUGGAAUUGACACAACUACCAGUCAUCAUGGUGGAGGUGAAAGUCAGGAAAGUUCUGUAGAUGUUUAUGAUAAAUAUUCCAAUGGUAAAAUAUACAGUAAUGAGUACACGAGCGAUGAUUCCAGCAAGUACACUGACGGUAAAAUCUAUGAUAAAUAUGGUCAUGAAAAGGGAGACGAUAAACAUGCUUACGGCAAAAACCACGGAAAAAGUUACGAUAAAUAUGCUUAUGACAAGUACGGGUAUGGUAAAUAUGGAUAUGAAAAAUAUAGUUACGACAAAUAUAGUUAUGGGAAAUACGGAUAUGACAAGUAUGGUUAUGAUAAAUAUAGUUAUGAAAAGGGUUACGACAAGCAUGGAUAUGACAAAUAUGGUAAGGAUAAAUAUGGUUAUGAGAAAGGUUACGACAAAUAUGUCUCUGAUAAAUAUGGUUAUGGGAAAAGCUACGACAAGUAUGGCUCCGACAAAACUAGUUACGAGAAGGUUUACGACAAGUAUGGCUCUGAUAAGUAUGGUUACGAGAAGGGUUACGACAAGUAUGGCUCUGAUAAAUAUGGUUACGAGAAGGUCUACGACAAGUAUGGCUCUGAUAAAUAUGGUUACGAGAAGGUCUACGACAAGUAUGGCUCUGAUAAAUAUGGUUACGAGAAGGUCUACGACAAGUAUGGCUCUGACGAAAAUAGUUAUGAGAAGGGUUACGACAAAUAUGGCUAUGACAAGUAUGGCUCUGACAAAUAUGGUUACGAGGGUUACGACAAGUAUGGCUCUGAUAAAUAUGGUUAUGAGAAGGGUUACGACAAGUAUGGCUCUGACAAAUAUGGUUACGAGAAGGGUUACGACAAGUAUGGCUCUGACAAAUAUGGUUACGAGAAGUAUGGCCAUGAGAAACAUGGUAACGACAAAUACGGUUACGACAAGUACGGGUAUGACAAGUAUGGUUAUGGAAAAGAUUAUGAGAAAUACGGUUACACCAAAGAAUAUGGUAAGCAUUAUAAGGAUUACUAUAAGAAAUAUGAAAAACACGAUUAUGGUAAUAAAUAUGAAUACAGUGAUAGUAAAGAUCAUGAUAAGCAUGAUCAUGAUGAACAUGACCAUCAUGACGACCACGACCACCACCAUCAUCAUCAUGGGCAUGACCACCAUCAUCAUGGACAUGAUCACAAACAUGGCAAAGGAUACUAACUACAGUGGAUAACUUCUUCCUAAGAUAUAUAAAAGCUAAAAUUAAUAGUCGCAGUAAAGUGUCUUUCUCAUUGCUUUUUCAAUAGUCAGUUGGUGAAUCAUAUAGACAGUGGAAAAAAGCCACUUCUAGUGUGAUAUUAAAAAACUAGUUUUCAUUUCCGCUAAAAUAAUAAAAAUUACUAAAAUUCCAACGAUUGU